AUAAUUAUUUCUAUGUUAAUAUUUUUUUAUUAUGCGCAGGCCUUAUAGCAUAUUAGAUAGAAGUAGAUGAAGAAACAUGGUAUAAUUCUGGAAGGUAUUGGAACACUGGAAGGUCUGACUGAAACGUUGAAACUUUGAUAAGGGCCAUGCAUAGUAUGGCAUACCGUCGAGGGCCUGUGAUCAAGGUUGAUCUAAUGAUCUGUAGAAAGGACGAUUAUAAAAGACAACAAAAAUAUUCGAUAACAUGAAUCUUGUCGAACGUGUUUUGCUACCUUCACUAAUUUUUACAUUCCUCUUGUUUGCACGAUGCGCACAUUGCGCUCUUAUAACUUUGAGUAUAGCCGGCGCAGUAAGUAGUUUAGGUUAUUACGCGUACGAAAAGUACAAAUGCCAGUAUCAGGAAUGCUGCACAGAUGAAUAUAUCCCUGCUGACUUAGAUGGAUUGGAGUAUAUAUUUGCUGCUAACUUAUACGGACAACAAAUUGCUCAUGUAACCAUCAUAAAUGCAUUUCGGUGUCACUUGGAAAAUCAAAAUCCAUCUAAAGCAUUGGUCAUGAGUUUUCAUGGCACACCAGGAACAGGUAAAAAUUAUGUCGCACAGAUGAUUGCCAAAACUUUUUAUAAAAAGGGUGUUGAGAGCAACUAUUUUUAUUUUUUCAAUGGCCGUAAUGAUUUUCCUCUGCAACAGAAAGUAGACGAGUACAAGGACGAUUUGUAUAAAAUUAUUUUGAAUGCUCUGCAAAAAUGUGAGAGAUCGAUGUUUGUGUUCGAUGAAGUAGACAAAAUGCCAGAGGAUCUACUAAAUGUAUUAGUUCCAUUUCUAGAUUAUAAGGACUAUCAUAAGUCCAUUAAAAGUGGCUUCACAUAUCAGAACAAAGCUGUUUUUAUAUUUCUCUCAAACACUGGCAGCACUCAAAUAGUGCAGCAUCUUACAAAUGUAUGGAUGGCUGGUAAAGGUCGAGAAGACACAAAACUACAGGAUUUUGAAAAAUUAAUAGUUGAGGGAGCAUUUAGAGAGAAGGGUGGUUUCCAUUAUAGUGAUACUAUACAGACUAGUGUGAUCGAUCAUUAUGUACCUUUCCUGCCUCUUGAGGAAAUACAUGUUAGAAAAUGCUUGAAAAAGGUUUUCAAAGACCGAGAUAUUACUCCGACGGAGGAGAUGGUAGAGGAGGUACUGUCACAUGUAACUUUUGGCCCUGAACCUUAUAAUUUGUACUCCAUGGCUGGCUGUAAAAGGAUAGAACAGAAAGUUGCUACUAUUGUAUAUCGUAAACAAACGGAAUCUAAACUUGAUCUUUCGGAGUCUUAGUUGAAGCCUUAAC